GGCGGGAGCCACUCGCAACGCCGGAAUCCCAAAGCGCUAGGAGCCCGAGCCCGCGAGCCGCUCUGAGCGGCGGUGCUGACCCCGCCUUCUAUCAGAACUCCGAGUCGGGACCGGACGGCGCGGCCGGGUCCCCGGGCCUCGUCGGAAUAUGACCCUCGGAGCUCCGAGGUGACCCCUCUCUGCGCGGCCGGCCUUGAUCGGCUUCUCAGCAUCCCGGCCCUGGCCCUGGCUCGGGAGAGGAUCAUGAUGCUGGGAGCCAGCUGUGAUGGAGUCACCUCAGAGGUUUCUAAGCCUGAAAAAGAUGUCGAGCCAGAUGCAGAGGUAUGCUCAGAGAUCCCAAGAGGCCAAGUCCCUGGGUCCAAGCCCAGGUCUGGAUCAGGGCCUGAGGCUGAGGCCAGCCCUUUGGACUUCAUAGUGGCCACAGAAGGAAUUUCCCCUGCCACAGCUGGCUCUAGGAACCGACCACAGAGCAGUGCCGGCCAAGUGCAACGAACAGGCUCUCGAAUCCGAGACCCAGGCACUGAGGAGAGCUCCUUGGGCAGGUCACGGGUCUGGCCUGGCGCCCCGGGGGGAUGGCGACGGAGUGCGCAGCGUGUGAGAAGAGGCGAGUCCUUUGAACCGAGAGCCCCGUUGCAGAGCAACCCCCACCGCCAACAAUGGCCUCGGUUGCAGAUCGCGAAGGAGUCGGUACACGGGAUCGACGCCGGGGAGACGGCGCCCCAGGAGCGCGGCGAGAGGGUGGCCCGGCUGCUAGAGCACUUCUGUUCGCAGCUGGUAAGAGACAGCACUCGGGGCAUCAGAGUGGCAAGACUCAGCAGGGACGAUCAGCUGGGGCCCCGGAAGCUGAAGAAAUUCCGCCUAAUCACCAAGCAGAACAAAGGAGGCAUCCUUUUGGUCCAAUUCAACUCGUCGGCGCUGCUGGCCUCCGGCGUCUUCUCGCAGCUGCCCCGGGAGGCCGUAUGGGAGGCUGGUGGUGACCUGGCACGCCUCCUGCUGUCGCCCUCCUUGCAGCGCGGGGAGGAACCAUCCCAGGAGUGGCCGCCCUACUGGCCGAGUGAGAGUAACCUGCGCCUCCUGGCGGCCAAGGGCCUGGAGUGGCGCGUGGACAGCCGCGCGCGCCCGCGCGGUGCUCACGCUGUGCACGCUCCCUCCCGCAUCCCUCACCGUGGCGACAGCAUGUGGCGCUACCUCCGCGUCGACGCCUUCAGCAGCGACGGUGCGCAGAGGCAGAGCCAGCUUCUGUAGCAUCUGCAGCGCCAGAGCCCUUUCAGCCUCAACGUCGUGUGCCAACUCUUCCCGGCGCCCCAGUUGUGGUCUCAGGUGGCUGACUUCCACCAGGCUGGCUGGGGGCUCGCGCUGGUCAAGGGUUAUACUGAACAGUAGUUGCUGGAGGCCGACAACUAA